AUGGGUGGGAAGCAAGGAGAGAGACGACACAGCCAUGAUUCAUUUAAAAAGAACUUGAAGCAAAAUUCAGAUCUAAUGAAACAUGAAAAAAUCUGUGCAGGAAAGAAACCUUGGAAGUGUAAUGAGUGUGAGAAGGCCUUUAGUUAUUACUCAGCUUUUGUCUUGCAUCAGCGAAUUCACACAGGAGAAAAGCCCUAUGAAUGUAAUGAAUGUGGAAAAGCCUUCAGUCAGAGCAUACACUUGACUCUGCACCAGAGGAUUCACACAGGAGAGAAACCUUACAGAUGUCACGAAUGUGGGAAAGCCUUCAGUCACCGCUCAGCCCUUAUUAGGCAUCAUAUAAUUCAUACUGGGGAGAAACCUUAUGAAUGCAACGAAUGCGGGAAGGCCUUCAAUCAGAGUUCAUACCUCACUCAACAUCAGCGAAUUCAUACUGGAGAGAAACCUUACGAGUGUAGUGAAUGUGGGAAGGCCUUCAGCCAAAGCACAUUCCUUACCCAGCAUCAGGUCAUCCACACUGGAGAGAAGCCCUAUAAAUGUAAUGAGUGUGGAAAAGCUUUCAGUGAUCGCUCAGGCCUCAUUCAGCACCAGAGAACACAUACCGGGGAGAGGCCUUAUGAGUGUAACGAAUGUGGGAAGGCCUUUGGCUACUGCUCAGCCCUGACUCAGCACCAAAGAACUCACACUGGGGAAAAACCCUACCAGUGCAACGAUUGUGCCAAAGCCUUCAGUGACCGUUCAGCCCUUAUCCGUCAUCAGAGAACACACACUGGAGAGAAACCUUACAAGUGUAAGGACUGUGGAAAAGCCUUCAGCCAGAGCUCAUCUCUUACAAAGCAUCAGAAAACUCACACUGGAGAAAAACCCUAUAAGUGUAAGGAAUGUGGAAAGGCUUUCAGCCAGAGUUCAUCCCUUUCUCAACAUCAGAAAACUCAUUCUGGAGGGAAAGUCAGGGAAUAUGGAAAAGCCUUUAAACACAAAGUUUCCUCCCUAUUACAACUAUUUAAGUCAUUUGUUCAUUAA